AUGGCUGAUACCGAUGGUCUGAGCCUCAUGGAGCGUUUGAUCGCUACCUUCGCGAAUGUGGGCAAGGACAACCCUCGUUAUCGGGUCCUGAAACGGCGCGUGGACGACACGCUGAAGUCUUCAUUGUAUGGACGUACCGACCAGUUUGCUGUAGCGAAACUACUAGACGGGCUUCAAGAAAAGUUCCGAGUCCUUAGCCGAGACGACUUGGCGGACGCUCUUCAAUUACGACUAACUGAGUUAGAUGGGCAUCGCGGCGCUCUGUUUCCUGAAGUCCUCUCCCUUCUACUACAGCUUGCGGAUCGACCGGCCCAGCUUUCAAGGGUCGAACGGAUCGCAAAGGCCGAUGCCGAGACAGUCGACCAGCAGCUCUCUUGGACGGAUUUGGAUGCGUCAGGGACUGCAUAUUGCGACGAGGAUAUAUGGGAAAGCGUCGACUAUGGUGCUGGUUCGUCUGAAGAUGAUGUAUCAUCGAUAUCUAGCGACUCUCAGAUUGGCCGAAGUGUCACUCGAACAUCGAUAGCCCCAGACGACGACUACGUGAUUCCGGACGAUGUCUUCUCCUCAGGGGAGGAUGAAGAUCUGGUAAAAUCCAUCCAAAGCGUUCAGUUCUGGAGAGAGGAUAAUGUUCAGGACGCUACUGAGGACGAGAGGGGGUCUUCUCGUGUUCUCACUGAACUUCAGCUUGCGAGAGAGACGAUAUUCAUGCUACAAGGCCUACCAACCUCACUAUUCUGGCGGUUGGACGGGCAAGUCCAGUUGGACCGCAGAUACACGCUCGCACAUUUGUCGCCUGCUGCCCUCUCUUCUUUACUGCGCUCCAUAAGCUUGUGCGGGACCAAGGUCGACAUACUGAGGCGCUUCACAAAGUCACCACAGACGAAUACUUACAUGCAGACAUUUCGUCGCAGCGUCGAGAAUCACUUAUCUGAGUUCGACAAAUUUCUCUCAGAUCUGCAGUCUCGAUAUCUCGAUCAACGCUCUAACUUCGCUGUUAGCCUUUUACAAUUGUCUGACGAUGUCCAUCGCGAGUCGACACUGCUCGUGCUCCUAGCGGAUCUUAUCUCUAACCUCGAAAGCGGGACUACAGACAGCGCUGUUCGGUGCCUUGAUUUGCUGUAUGGUUUGGUGUGCAACACUCAAGCGUCAGGGGACGAUGAGAAUUAUGCCGUCCUUGUUCGCAUUUUCUGCAGCUGCUUCGAAACAUACGCUCGGCCAAUUCGUCGUUGGAUGGAGACAGGUCAAUUGGAAUCAUCUGCGCAUGUAUUCUUUGUCAGGGAGAAUCGCGACAAGCCUGACUUGCGGACUUUAUGGCACGAUUGGUACACGCUCGAGAAACAGUCCGAGUCUGCGAACACACCAAGGUUUAUACGGCCCUUCGCUGACAGGAUCUUCAUCACCGGGAAAAGCAUGGUCUUUUUGAAUCGGCUGAAUGCAGCUCAAGACUUUGAACCCCCAGCGAACACCACGCUGUCUUUCGAGGAUAUCCUCACUCCUGAGCCAUCCUCAGUCUGCCUUCCCUUUUAUGCAUUGCUCGAAUCUGCUCUUACCAACGCCAUCAACGAGCACUACGCAUUUACGUCUACUAUGUUGCGAAAUGAACUAGACGAGCGAUGCGGGUUAUGGAUAUCCCUUCAAGCCUUGGAGCAUAUCUAUCUUUGCAAAGACAUGAGUAUGAUCGGCCCGAUCGAUGCCAAAGUUUUUGAACUGAUUGAUCGAGGAAAGGGUGGAUGGAGUGAUCGAUUUCUACUUACAGAGCUUGCCCAAAGUGCAUUCAGCUCCAUGCUACUCAUCGAUCCAACUCGUUUGAUCGUGCGAUCCAACAAAAAUGCCAACAGUUCGACCCGCCCACGAUCUGUGAAGAUCCUCGAUAGUCUCUCCUUCGACUACAUUCUCCCCUGGCCUGUCGCCAACAUUAUCACCAAGGAUGGAAUAGCCGCCUACCAGCGUAUCUCAACGUUCCUCAUGCAGAUUCGCCGGGCCAAGCAUACAAUCGUCAAACAACGUCUCCAAUACUCCCACCUUGGAGCCGACGAGCAAAACACAGACUCGAGAGGAAAGACGCUCAGCUAUGCCCUCCGCCAUAACAUGCUCUGGUUCCUCAAUACCCUCUACAGCCAUCUCACAGACUUUGUCAUUUCCUCUACCACAGACUCACUUUGCAAAUCCCUCUCGACAGCUAGCGAUGUUGACGCCAUGAUCGCCGCACAUCGCUCGUACAUGGACUCGUUAGAAGAGCAAUGCCUUCUUUCCUCUAACUUCAGUCCGCUCCACCAAGCAACCCUCACACUCCUUGAUCUCUGUAUCGCCUUCGCCGACCUUCACAUAGCGCGAUCUCACCACCUACAUCAGAACACCUUCGACCUCGCACGGACACCGCGCAGGCAACCAAUCUUCAAGCCUCUCAGGGCAGGCUUAACACCAACACCCCGAAAAGCGCGCUACGAGUAUUCCUAUGGCGAUGAGGAUGACACCGAUGACGAUUCCGACGGAGAAAACGAUGCCUCCGAUGACGGAGAUGAGAACGAUGAUCCAGAGAAGGAAUCUACUCUUCGCCAUACGCCUCUGAAUGACACACAGUACACCCAGCGCUUGAAUGAUAUCCAAAACCAAUUUAACCACCUUGUUGCGUUCCUAACAGCGGGGCUUAAGGGCGUUGGCCGUGUUGAUGGGCAGGUUAGCUGGGAGAUGCUGGCAGAGAAGCUGGAGUGGAGGAAGGAGAAACAAGGGGCUUGGUCUUGA